GUACGUCUUCGACCAUUUUUUUUGCGUGUACGUAGUUUUAAUUGUGCUCAUGUAAAAUUGUGUAAAAAUCCCAUGAAAACGAAUUAAAUAUAGGAAAAAAGUGUUGUGCUGUGCACUAAACGCUUCAGCACGCUAAAAACGAUACAAAAAACGAUGCGCACACAAUAAUUCCAUUGAAUAAAACGGUAUUCUUCGAGAUCGACAUUUGAGAGCUGCAAUCAAAAUUUCUUUGUGCAUUUUUUGGCUGCAAGUGCAACAACUGCAACAUUCAGCAUGGUCUCAACGCGUCAAAUGUGCGGCAGUGGUGCAGGCUGCGGCGGUGGCUCAAUGUUCGAGGAGACGCCAACAUCCUCGCGUGCCACUGUGGUGAGACGCACCACAACCAAUUACCAACAACAACAGCAGGAACAGGAGCAGCAGGAGCAGGUUGCCAGCUCCUCCUCCACUGCCUCCUCGUUGGAUGUGGCAGCCUCGCAGCCUCCUUUGGACUUUCUCGAUUUGCCCACGGAACUGAUCAUUAAAACGCUUGGCUAUUUGGAUUAUAAGAAAAUCAGCAAUCUGAGAUUGGUGUCGCAUCGCAUGAACGAAAUUUGCAUGAAUAUGCUGAAUGCAACAUUUGCGCGACAAAUCAAGACAACGUUGAAACGCUUCCAAUUGAUCAAGUCGAGCAUGCCACGCAGGGAAUCAGCACGUCGCCAUCAUCCGUUGUCCUGCGAAUGCGACAUCAUCGAGACAUGCUACAUGCGUCUCUCACUGCUCCAGAUGUCCAUGGGCAAGCACAUCGAGCGCGGACAUUGCUGUUUCUUUCCGGGUGCCAUAUUGGAUGAGGUGCAUUCGAUUUUGAAUUAUAUCAGUAUUACGCCACGUUUGCAGCGUCCAUAUCGCGUGACGGAUGAACUCUUUGAUCUCUCCACCAUGGCCAUGGAGUACUUUAAGGAUCGCAUUGAGCCCACGCUGCCGGGACUGGCGUAUUUCAAUAAGGACUUCUUAAUGCCCGCAAUAACAAAGCGGCCCACAUUGGCUAUUAGCUCGGACCUCUCGGACAGCGCAAAUAACUCACCACCUCAAAAUCAUAUGGUCUUGCGUAAGGGCAUACGCAAGAUUAAGCAGGGCAUGAAAAUGUACAAUAAUCAGCUAUCGGUGCUGCGCAAUGAAUUGCGCACUUGCAAGCGUAAGGCUGGUGAGCAGAGCAAACAGCUCGCCGAGCAACAGAAUCUCCUCGCCGAGCAGCAGAAGCAAACGCUCGAGUAUGCAAAUCGUCUGGACGAGAACGACAAAAAGAAUGAGGACAUGUCUCGCAAAUUCUCCACAUUGUUGCAGGAACUCAACAAGUGUAAGACCGAGCUACAAUUCUGGCGUUCCAAGAGUCCCGCCAUACCCUUGGCGUGCAGCUCAUGUAAUCAGAAGGUGUCCCCAGUGCUGCCGCCCGAGGAUCUGCAGGCGCUUGUCAAUCAGGGUGUCGAUCCCGAGAAUAUCAUAAUCAUUAACGAUGAGAUCGAUGCGGAUGUGGAUGCGAAUGGAGAUGGUGAUGAGGGCGAUAAUGCUAACGGAAUUCCGUUGACAGUCUCUGUGAACAAUCCGUUCGCAUUUCCGGACGAAACCACCACGGCAAAACUGUUGGCUGUCGAAACGGCUGCAAAGAAUCUGAAACGUAAAUAUGCGGCAACGUUGGCAAUGGACACUGAAAUCGCCAACGUCGCUGUCGAAGCAACGUCCAAUGUAAUUGCGUCCAAUGCGACACCGUCUAAUUCAAAAGUGGAGACAGUUGCAGGCUCAGCCGGCUGUGGCGGCUAUUCCACAAAACUCUUUUAUGGCAAUCAUCAGCGCAGUGGCGUCAUUGUCAGUCCAGUGUCCAUGAAACUGGCAUUGCUCACCUGCAAUAACAGUGCAAAAAUAGCACCAAUAGUGGAACCAAAUUUGGUUGAAUCUUUGCCAGUGGCUGUGGUAUCUGGAACGGACUCCUCGAAUCUGGGCGUCGAGCAGCAGUUGGAGUCGAAGAAGGCACGUAGAGUACAAAAGGCCAAUCGGUGCUUCAAUGCACAUGGCAAACGCAGUAAAUAAGCAAAAAAAAAACAUAUACACACAAAAAAAAAGAUUACAGUUUUUUUACUACUUAUACAUACACAUACAUAUAUAUAUAUAUAUAUAUUUACAUAUAAAAGUCGCACAUGCCUCCAAGCUCUGGGUGUAAAUGUGUGUGCGCGUCUGUAGUGUUAAUAACAAAAAAAUCAGAGGAAUCAAAUUAAAUAUAUAUAUAUACAUACAAUACAUACAUAUAUAUCUUUUACGUACAUCGGUUUGCAUUAGGCAUUCUUGAUUAUCAAUAAUAUGAUUAUGAUUAUGAUUAUGAUUAUUACCAUUUACAAAAUGUAUCUGUAUGUUCUUUGGCAACAAAAAUGCCAACAACACACACACACACGCAAACAAAAUACAGGCACAAAUAAAAAAAAUCACUUCAAACACAACACACUGAAAAACUUAAAGAUACACUUCAACUUGUAUGUAGUUUAUUGCGAGCAAAAAAAACCCGAUAAUAAUAAUUUAAAAGCAACAUAAUUUUAAUUAUUAGUAGACCCACACAAACACAAC